AGUCCGUGUUCAGGCCGGGUUUUCCUUCCGCGCUCCUACGUUAUUCAGGAAAGUUGGUGAUCAUUCCCACUUCACUAAAAACUGACGGUAGUCAUAAGUGACCAUCUUGAUGACAUCAUCUUCCAACUAGACUCUGUAUGAUAAGCAAGUAAAGUGGUGAUCAAUGCUAAUAGCGACAAAGAAUCAUGAGAUCUGUCUCCAUUCAGAAACUUGCCCAAUUGCAGAGUGAUGUUGACAAGAUCAGAAACAUUUGUAUCUUAGCACAUGUUGAUCAUGGUAAAACUACCUUGGCAGAUGCUCUCAUCUCCAGUAAUGGGAUCAUAUCCACCCGUAUGGCCGGCAAGCUGAGGUACAUGGACAGCCGCGAAGAUGAACAGCUACGAGGCAUCACCAUGAAAUCCAGCGCCAUCUCCCUUCUCUAUAGCAAUACUCCAGAAGAGGAGUAUCUGGUGAAUCUGAUCGACUCCCCGGGGCAUGUGGAUUUUUCCAGUGAAGUUUCUACUGCUGUCAGGCUGUGCGAGGGAGCCCUAGUAGUCAUCGAUGUCGUAGAAGGCGUCUGCCCACAGACUCAUGUCGUCUUAAGGCAGGCCUGGCUGGAGCACAUCAAACCUUGCCUGGUGCUGAACAAGAUAGAUCGGUUGAUCAGUGAGCUCAAGUACACACCGAUGGAAGCACAUCUUCAUCUUCAGCAGGUCCUGGAGCAAGUCAAUGCUGUCGUAGGAAACCUCUACGCUUCACAUGUCCUGGAGAAAGCUUCAAGCAAAAGUGAAGACCCCAUUCAGACUAAAGAAAAAGUGAGUGUUGGGGAGAGUAAGGAUGUAGAAGAGCAGGUGUAUGAUUGGAGCGAUGGUUUGGAGGACACCGAUGACUCUCAUAUAUAUUUCUCACCGGAUCAAGGAAAUGUCGUCUUUGCAAGUGCAUUGGACGGAUGGGGUUUCAGUAUCAACCACUUUGCAGAAAUGUAUGCCAGCAAACUCGGUGUGAGGGCAGACGUUCUUCGUAAGACUCUCUGGGGAGAUUUUUACCUCCACACGAAGUCAAAGAGGAUCAUGAAAGGAGCUCAGGCUAAAGCCAAGAAGCCUCUAUUUGUGCAAUUUGUAUUGGAGAACAUAUGGUCGCUUUAUGACACAGUCAUUGUCAGGAAAGAUAAAGAGAAGAUGGAAAAGAUUGUCAAAUCUCUUGGAUUGAAGCUUGCUCCCCGUGACCUUCGACACAACGAUACCAGGAUCUGUCUAAAGGCGAUCUGCACGCAAUGGCUGCCACUGUCGAAAGCUGUUCUGUCCAUGGUUUGUGGUAAGCUGCCUAGUCCCACUAAUGUGAAUGAAGAGAGAAUAGAGAAACUCAUGUGCAGCAGUGGGCAAAGGUUUGACUCGCUUCAUCCAGAAUCUCAACAACUCAAACAAGCUUUCCAGAUGUCUACCUCUGAUUCAGAUGCCCCAGUCAUUGUUUACAUCUCCAAAAUGGUAGCUGUUGAUCGGAGUAUGCUACCACAGAACAGACAAAGACCGUUGACUUGUGCUGAGAUACAACAAAGGAGAGAGGAAGCAAGAAAGAGGCAUGCUGAGAGAAGAGCUGCAGCAGCAGCAGCAGAGCAGGACAAAGGAGGAGGAGGUGGUGGUGGGGGAGGAAAAGAAAGAGACAUGUUGACUUCUCAGGAAGAAACAUCAGCUACAGAUAUGGUAGAAUCAACAGACUUGACAGUGGAACCAGAAGCCGAGGAGGAAAAGAAGUCUGGAGAGACAUUCCUUGCAUUUGGGCGAGUCUUCAGUGGGACCAUUCACAAAGGACAGAAACUCUUUGUUCUUGGACCUAGGCAUGAUCCUCAAAAGGCCUUGGCUGAGAUAUCAGAAAAUAGAGGUAGUUUGUCACCCAACAUGGAGUGCAGUCGAUACAUAGCUGAGUUUACAGUUGACAGUCUAUAUCUUCUGAUGGGUAGAGAAUUAGAACUCCUUGAGAAAGUCCCUGCUGGUAACAUAUUAGGUAUUGGUGGCUUAGAUGAGAUAGUGCUGAAGUCAGCAACCAUUUCGAGCAGCCUUGCCUGUCCGGCAUUCACAGACAUGACCUUUGCAGCUCCACCCAUUGUCAGAGUAGCAGUGGAACCCAAACAUUUAUCUGAUAUGCAGGCAUUGAUGAAAGGCAUGAAGCUGUUGAACCAAGCUGAUCCGUGCGUGGAGGUGUAUGUACAGGAGACUGGGGAACAUGUUAUAGUGGCCGCCGGUGAAGUCCAUCUAGAGAGAUGCUUGGAUGACCUCAGAAAGAGGUUUGCCAAAGUAGAGAUUGAUGUUUCCCCUCCGAUCAUUCCAUUCCGUGAGACCAUCAUCCCGCGUCCCAAGAUUGACAUGGUGAACGAGGUCAUAGACGACAUAAACCAGGUACAUAGAGAGGUGCGUUCCAUGGGCAUCGACGAUGACGACCUCAGGAUAUUGAAGAAUGGUCUGGUGGAGAUCAAGACCUCCAAUGAUGCAUGCACCUUUCGUAUCAGGGCGGUCCCUCUUCCAGAAGCGGUGACAAGUUUACUAGAGGAGAGCACGGAGUUGAUCAGGUUACUGGAUCAUUAUGUUUCAUCAUUUUUAUCAGGGAAGGCGAAUGAUCAAGCAGGAAGCAUAGGUCUGUCUCCCACAGUCAUAGCUAGUUUGCAGGAUCUCAGAUCAAAACUGGAGGAAGCUUUCAAUGCAGCUGGGAAGAAGUGGAGGGGGUGCCUGGAUGGGAUAUGGGCGUUUGGACCACGCCGAUGCGGUCCAAACAUUCUGGUGAACAAGAUCGAAGACUACAGGAGGUUGUCCAUGUGGGACUGCUUGGAAGAGGGUGGCAUUCAGGAGGAAGGUGUCCUGCGGGAGUUCGAUAACAGCAUUGUGAGCGGUUUCCAGCUGGCGACCCUUGCGGGGCCGAUCUGUGAGGAACCCAUGAUGGGAGUGUGUUUUGUUAUGGAGAAAUGGGAAAUGGACAAGACCUUGAUGAGCAAAGGUCUCGCAGACAACACAAAUCUUCGGACUCCUAAGAAAUCUGACGUCGAUGUAGUGUCCUUAGAACAUAGGGAGUGUGACACCACAGAGAAAGACAGAAUAACAGAAUCUCAUUUUGAUGACGGCAACAUGACGCAGUGCAAUAUAAGUAGUAAAGUGACCUCCCAGCCUAGAACUAUAUCCAUACCCCAAGGGAUUUCUACAGAAAAUAUGAACAGCCCCCGAGGUCCAAAGAUCGGAUCCUUGACAAUCCACUCACCUCUCUCAUCGCCGAUCCUCUCAUCUCCACCUCUAGGCUCUCCACCCCCGUUUGGCUCCCCCUUACCACAUAGCCCCACCCGGGGUUUGCACCCCUACCACCAGCCGCAUCAACAGGUGGUAUAUGGCCCUCUCUCGGGGCAGGUGAUCUCCACCAUCAAGGAAGGAUGUCGCGUAGCCUUCCAGACGCAGCCCCAGAGACUGAUGGCAGCCAUGUACAAGUGUGACAUCCAAGCUACAGCCGAGGUGCUAGGUCGGAUGUACGGUGUGUUGUCCAAGCGAAAUGGUCGCAUCCUGCAAGAGGAGAUGAGAGAGGGUUCUGAUGUCUUUGAGAUUGUGGCAGUGCUUCCCGUCGCAGAGAGCUUUGGCUUUGCAGAGGACAUUCGGAAAAAGACUAGUGGUCUAGCAAGUCCACAACUGUUCUUCAGCCAUUGGGAGGUGGUACCGAGUGAUCCAUACUGGGAGCCAUCGACCGAGGAAGAGCUCCUUCACUUCGGAGAGAAAGCCGACUACGAGAACCAGGCCAAGAAGUACAUGAUCGGCGUUCGCAGACGAAAGGGGCUGCGCGUGGAAGAGAAGAUCGUCGAACAUGCCGAAAAACAGCGAACAUUGAGCAAGAAUAAAUGAUGGGAUUUCAUGUAUUGUGUUGAUGGCUGGGAAGGAAAUGGUAUUUUAUAUGACUAUGUGAGUUAUUGGUGCCAUGGCUUUUAGCUAUAAUUUCUUUCUUCAUCAGGAUGAAGGUGUAAAGGGUCAAUGUAUCUCAUUAUGGGUCUAACCAGACAAUUGGUGAUUUAGAGUUCGGUGUUGACCUUUCGGUGUUAGUGUCUGGCCAAUUUUACACCAGCACAGCACCAAUAUGAAAAGCAAUGGUUUUAGGAUGAGUCUCAUUUGGUCUGGAGGUAUCGGAAUGUGAUUUUGACCAUUUUUUAAAGCUCAGAUUGGGUGUUUGAGUUGAGAAAGGCAAUCUAAAUCGUGCUUCCAACACCAGCACCAAAACCCCACAUCACCUAGUUUUAGGAUAUGAGAAUCAUCAAACAACUAAAAAUAAAUCUAAUUUUAGAACUACAUGGUUUAUGAGAAAUAUAUUCUUUUGUCACAAAGAAAAUUUACCUGUUUUAAAUAAUUUAUUCACAAUAAAUAUCUCAAUAACAAUGCACUUUGCAACAUUCUAGGUAUGCUUUCAUUUAAAAAAUAAUGUAUUUCAUCUCCUUUAAUUUUAAAAGAGUGAAUUUCAAAAAAUGAAAAUGAUUUUGUUGAUUAUAUUUUGAUUUGAUAACAUAUUUCAUGUUUGACUAAAGUGUACUACCUGACAAUUUUUUUGACAUAAGAGGUACAAUACAUAAAAAAAUAUUAUUGCAGUUAUAAAACACAAAUUUUAAUAAUUGAAAGUUUGUUCCAUUCUUUUGCUGAAGUGAUUUUUUUGUUGAAAAAUUAGGUUUGUUAAUUUGCACAUACAUUAAUGAAGUUCAAUCUUUAUCAGAGGUAUAAAUGGGCUCUUGCAAUUGGUUGUUUGGCUGUUUAUGACAAGGAUUGUUACAGUCAAUAUAUUUUGCACUCAAAAUAGUCACAACCAAUUGUGAAAGCAGAGCCAUGGGAACAUUGUUUUUACAGGGGAUGCUUAUGUAAAUUUGACAAGC